AAACCAGUGUUGUUUGACUUCGGUAAUCUACUGAGACAAUUGUCAUCAUUAACUUUCAGUGAAGAACACAUAACUGGAGCAGAAAUAAACAGGCGAUAGCUUCAAAACAGUAUUUUCCUCUUUGCAGCAAUUUCAGAUGUGUUGUUAUUAAAUAACCGAUGAGGUGUUUCUGGUUAUUUAAAUUUUACUACUUUUAAUAAGAAUAUUGGAAGAUUUUUAUGAUGUCAACUCCAACAGAGGAUGAAAACACUAUAGAUUUUAGUUUAUUUGAUCUAGUCAAUAAAGAUUUAAAAAAAUUCUUUUUGGAAGAAAAAGUAAAAAAUGAGAAAGUUGUGGUGAUAUCAUUAUUUGGCAAGACUUCCCUGAAUUCAUCUCAAUUUAAGGAGCAUCUCAUUGCUGAGGUUUUGAAUAAACAUAUUUUUGAGAAUGAAGAAGCUUGUCAGUCUACUUCUAGGAGUUGUGAAGUAGAAGGAUAUUGCGAUCCUUCUGUCAGCGCCAUAUUUCUUCAAGCAACUGACAUAUCUGAUACAAGUGUUUUAGUUCGUAAAUGUAAAGAGUUAGGAACAGAGUUGGAAACAAAG